AAAAGAUAACGCGGCCGCCAGACAUCGUGGCAAAACAAGUUGUGCACUUGUGGAUCGCGGAUCGCCUACUCACCUCUCGGGCUUUCGCUGGUCUCCACAGCCAUGAGCUGUAUAAUGUGUAUCAUGAUAAAAAAAAAACCAACUUUUUCUUAAUCAUGAUGACGUGUAUAAUGACUAUAAUGUAUAUUAAAGUGUAUCUCUCGUACUCCCGUGCUUACGUGUAAAGUAUUUAUUAAAACACGAUCUCCAACAUUUUAUUAUUUUUAUCCUUAUUAAUUGUGAUUUGCUACUAAAAACAACCACUAAACAUUCUGCACCAACUCAAAUUUUCAAAAACAACUUAAACAAUAUCAGCCUCAACUGUUUACCAUUGUGAAUUGAGUGUUAACUAAAAAACAAUAAAAAAGACAGUAUGGAACAGACUAUUAUUGAUUCCGGGAUAAAUUCCAAGUACGAUUAUAUAUUACAAAGUUCUAGAAAGUUGACAAUUCCACUGAUAAGAUGUGACCAAUUUAUUAAACAGGAAAUUAUUAAUGAAAGAGACCAAAUUAUUAAUAAUGAUCAACUAAUAAAAAUAGAGAAUGUUUGUGAAACUGAAGAAAAACUUAAUACGAUAAAUGACGCUGGAAUAAAAAUUGAAAAAGAUGUUAUUGAUAGUUAUGAAUUUGAUGGUAUAGUUCUUACCAAAAACCAGUCUUCAGGUUUCAUUACACAUAUGAAUUCGGACAAGAGCCCUAACUUAAAGGAAAAUAUGUUAACAUGCAAAUUGUGUUGUGAAGUAUUUACAGAUAAAUUAAGUUUGAGAAAACAUAUGAGAAUAUAUAAUAGAAAACCCACUUUUACAUGUGAUAUAUGUAAACAAUUGUUUCAUGAAAAACCUCAAUUGAUUACUCAUAUUUUAAAUCAUACAGAAGACAAUUCUCUCAAAUGUAGUGUUUGCAAUAAAAAAUUUUCCCGGAAGGGAUAUGUGAGAAUUCAUAUGAGGAUUCAUGCUGAAAAUAUGCCAUAUGAGUGUAGUACCUGUAAUCAAAGAUUUUUCUUCAAAGGACUUUUUAACAAUCAUAUGAGAAAACAUACUGGAGUAGAACCUCACAAAUGUGAUGUCUGUUAUAAGAUAUUCAAUACAAUAGCACAUUUGAAAAGACAUAAAAUGAUUCAUACAAGUAAAAGAGAAAAGCCAUUCGCUUGUGACAUUUGUAAUAAUUCAUAUUAUAACAGUUCUCAUUUGAAAAGGCACAAAUGGUUGCAUAGUAAUGAAAAACCUUAUAAAUGUAUUGUUUGUAAUAGAACAUUUACUGACCACGAUCAUUUUAAAGUGCACUCAAGAAUUCACACUGGUGAAAAGCCUUAUGAAUGCGCAAUUUGUAGUAAACGGUUUAAUAUUAAAGGAAGUUUGGUACUACAUAUUAUGAUGAGCCAUACAGGAUUGAAACCUCACAAAUGUAAGGAGUGUUACAAGACAUUCUGUAAUAAAACCCAACUAAAAUCACAUUUAUCAGUCCAUACAAAAGAAAAACCAUAUAAAUGUACCAUCUGUCAAAAAUCAUUAACAAGUUCAACCAAUCUACAAUACCAUAUUAUGAAGCAUAAAGGCGAAAAUCCUCAUAGAUGUAUCGUGUGUAAUAAGACAUUCCCAAUUGCAUCAAAUUUAAAAAACCAUAUGGUUAUUCAUUCUGCCGACAAGCCUCAUAAAUGUAAAAUCUGUGCUAAAACAUUUACUCAAGCAAUACAUUUAAAAGUGCAUACAAGAAUACAUACUGGCGAAAAGCCUUUCAAAUGUAAUGUUUGUAAUAGACCAUUCGCUGUAUCUACUGCUUUGACUUCACACAUGAGAACUCAUACCGGAGAAAAGCCUUUUGAAUGCAAAAUGUGUGAUUAUAGUUGUUCAAACUCAUCGGGAUUAUCAACUCAUAUCAAAUAUUUUCAUACCGGUAAAAAGCCCUAUAACUGUGACAUAUGUAAUAAAGUAUUUGUUUUAAAGGCAACUUUGAAUGUACAUAAAAAAACUCAUACAGGAAUUAAAGCUUUUGAAUGUCACAUGUGUUCUAAAACAUUUACUCAAAAAUCCAGUGUGAGAACCCAUAUUAUUAGUUUUCAUGGUAAAUUAAAGCAUCAUAAAUGUAAUGUUUGUAAUAAUUUAUAUACUUCAGCAUUCAAUUUGAAAUUACAUAUGAGAAUACACACUGGAGAAACCCCUUUUAAAUGUGAUAUAUGUAAUCAAUCAUUUCAUCAAAAACCACAAUUGAUUACUCAUAUUUUAGGUCAUACGGGAGAAAAAUUUUACAAAUGUAACAUCUGUUCGAAAAGAUUUGCUCAAAAAUUUACCUUGGAUAUUCAUAUGAGAACUCAUACUGGCGAAAUGCCUUAUAAAUGUGAUAUAUGUAAUAAAAGAAUUCGUCAUCAAGCAACUUUUAAUAAUCACAUGAGAAAUCAUACUGGGUUGAAACCACACAAGUGUGAUAUCUGUAAUAAGGCAUUUGGUAUAAAAUCAAGAUUAAAUAUCCAUAGGGAAACUCAUAAAAUUAUUUACUGAUUAAAAAUACUAAAGGAAGCUGUUUUAGCUAAUUACUUUACUACUACUUACUGUUUUAAUUUUUUGUAUACAUAAUAAUAAUAUUGAUUAUAGCUAAACACUUUUUAAGUUAUUUGCUAAGAAGUAUAAUUAUAUCUUAAUUAUUUUAAAACAAUGAGUUUAUGUAUAAAUGUUAGUGUAAUUAUUAUCAUUAUUCUUUACUAGAUCAAUUUGUAUUUUAUCCUCUAAACGUCUGAGAGAUUAUUAAAUCACCGCAUCUCUAACUAUAGCAAUUUAAAAUUAUAUUGUAUAUUUCUCUCCACUGGAUUUUGCUAACCACUAUUUAUCAUCGUAUUAACCAUAUUUUUUUCGAAAUAACUUAGCCAUUAUUUAAGUAAGUUAAAAGGAUAUAACAUUACAUUUUGUUCUUGGAUAACCAUUGUAUUUAAUUAUUAUUUAAUUAUUUAUUAUGUUGUAAAAAUAAAUUUAUCAGCAAUGAAAUGUAUGAUUGAAAAUUUGAUUUUCUAUUAUUUAUUUAUAAGUUUACAUUACAAAUAAUUAAUUAAAUGUAAUAAGCAACAUUAUGUUUGUAUUGGAAUUCAAAAUUGUUGAUAGGUAUAAAUUAUAAGCAAUAAAAUAAAUAUAUCAUUAAUUUUU